AUGGGCGCGAACUCGUCCAAACCGUCCGGCACCCAGCCGCCACAUGUGUGGAAGGGGUCAUCGCCAGCUAGUGUAUCAAACGAGAUGGUCGAGUCGCUGCAAUCGAGCUCAGAGACCGACACGUCCCGCGCCCAACUAGCCGAGCUCCAAGUACAGGCCCGCGUCGCCGCGGAGCUGCGCAAGCUGCAGCAGCAGGAGGACGCGCGGCUCAGGGAGCUGACCGACAAGCUGGCGUCGGCGCCGACCGACGACAAGCCGUCGUCUACAACCCGCCACGAGGUGUCGAAGGAGGUGCAGGCGCUGCGGUCGAAGCUGGAGCAGAGGAAGGGCGUGCGCGAGGCGCCAGAGGCCGUCGAGGCGGCGCGCGGCGACGUCGUGCGCUGCCUGCGCGAGCACGACCGCCGGCCGCUGGACUGCUGGAGGGAGGUCGAGCGGUUCAAGGAGGAGGUGCGCCGGCUGGAGAAGGGCUGGGUUGAGAAGGUCAUCUCGUGA